AAGUUGAGGUAAAGAUGGCUUUCAUAUUCGAGUGUGACUGCAUCCUUUCCACGUCAUUCACAUCAACAAGAUGUUGUCCUGCGCUGGGGCUGACAGGCUCCAGACAGGUAUGCGGGGUGCCUUUGGGAAACCCCAGGGCACUGUGGCCAGGGUUCACACUGGCCGGGUAAUCACGUCCAUCCGCACCAAGCUGCAGAAUAAAGAACAUGUAAUUGAGGCCUUAGGCAGGGCCAAGUUCAAGUUCCCUGGUCGUCAGAAGAUCCACAUCUCCAAGAAGUGGGGCUUUACCAAGUUCAGCGCGGAUGAGUUUGAAGACAUGGUAGCUGAGAAGCGGCUCAUCCCUGAUGGCUGUGGAGUCAAAUACAUCCCGAAUCGUGGUCCUCUGGAUAAGCGGCAAGUCCUGCACUCAUGAAGAUCUCCACCCACUGAGCUCUAUCACUCACCCCCACUUUAAUCAUGCUCCCCAAUAAAACUUGCAUUAUGUCUAAAAAAAAAC